CGAAAAUUGACAUUACCACAAGUAACACUUUCCCGGCUAAAUUGCAACCAAUCCUUACUCAACAAAGAUAUUUUGGAGGAAGUGAACAAGCAAAAAGACUGAAAUGGAGAACUUUUCGUGCAGCCAUUUCACGGAAUGGUACAACCUUGCAGAUGAUGUAUUUUCUUACACCAUAGCAGCAAUAGUUGUUAGCAGUAUUUCAAUCGUACCGUCUAUUAUUUUGAAUACAGCCAUUCUCGUAGCCAUCAUUCGCUCAACCUCCCUGCAUACACCACAAAACAUCUAUAUGAGUAAUCUCGCAGUCUCGAACAUUGGUCUCUCUUCUCUUGGAAUACCUUUGUCCAUAGCAUGGAAAGUUCUGGAACGCUAUCACCAUGCCAACGAGCUGGUAUGCUUUUUUGCAUACUUUUCCUACACCGUCUGUUCAUUUUUUUGUGGGGCUGCUUUCUUUAUGGUAACCGCUGCUACGGUGGACCGAUACCUCGCCCUGCGCCUACACCUGACCUACGUUACCAUGGUAACCAACACGAGAACAGUCAUCGUCUGCAUGGUAUUUUGGGUAAUAUCAUUGAUGUUCGCGCUCCUUUUGUUGAUUGGUCGAAUGGUGUACAGCUUAGCAACGUCAUUAGGGAUAUUGCUGUUCAUGUUAGUGAUGGGUUACUGCUACCUUAAAAUAUAUCACAUCUUGCGACACCAUCACAACCAAAUGCAAAGCCAAAUGACUUCACAACCUAAUCAUUCAUCAAUUAACAUUUCCCGGUACAGAAAAUCUGUCAUCACUCUAGCGUACAUCCUGGCAAUAUACAUCGUGUUCUACACGCCCUAUUUGUCGAGUCAAGCUGUAAUUGCAUUCAAUGGCGUUUCUGUGCCUAGUCUCAAGUUGUGGAGCAUUGGAGUUUUGCUAUUGUUCGUCAACUCCUUUGUUAAUCCUCUGUUUCAUUGUUUGAAGUUUGAAGAUGUUCGCAUUGCUACUUGGAAAGCUAUUUUACUCCGGAUGACGACUCAAACGGAAAGCUAA